CCAUGCAUGAAUUUUGUGUACCGGGCCUCUAGUAAAAGAAUAAUCAUAAAUGACCUUACUCUAACAGCUGGAAGAUGGUACUAUGAUAAAGUUAUUUAUGAAUAUAAAGGAAUAUAACUGACAAUUGUAUCAAACUGAGAAGCUUCACUGUUUAAAAAUAUUUGAAAGCAAACAUGUUUUUGAAAGAAAUUAUAUUAUUUUAAAGAAGCAAUACAAAUUCAAUCAUGCUGAGAAUUAGAUAAGAAACCAAUGGUGACUCAGGCUUGUUCACAAAGAGUGACCGGAAAGCUCCAGGUGGUGGUAUUUCCUCUGACCUAAUACAAGAAUGAGCUGUUGCACAGGUCUCGCUGUUGAGAUGGUAUAAAAAGCCAGAGGUGCUCUGCAUCCAGCACAAGUCCCUGAGGACAACAGACCUCAGCAGCAUCCAGGAGAAGAGCUCAUAAGAAACCAACUUGCUCUAACCAUGACUUCCAAGCCAGUUGUUGCUCUUCUGGCAACCGUCCUGCUCUCUGCAUCUCUGCACGCAGCUUCAAUUGUGCCGAGUAGAAAGUCAGAAGUUCGAUGCCUGUGCCUUGGUAUGCACUCUGUACCUUUCCACCCCAAGUAUAUCAGGGAACUGAGAGUGAUUGAGAGUGGACCACAGUGUGAUCAUACAGAAAUCAUUGUGAAGUUGUACAAUGAAACAUUGCUCUGCCUGAACCCUGAGGAACAGUGGGUGCAGGACACUGUACAGGUAUUUUUAGAGAGGUGA